CACUCCAACGUCGUUAAAAAUCGCAGAGCGGAACACCUGGAUACAUCAAAGCCACUGCAAAAAGGUUAUUUCAUGGAGCCCACGGUGUUCACUAAUGUAGAAGACCACAUGUUCCUCGCCAAAGAGGAGUCCUUCGGCCCCGUCAUGGUGGUGUCCAAAUUCAAAGAUGGCGACGUGGACGGCGUGCUGCGGAGGGCCAACGACACCGAGUACGGCCUGGCCUCGGGCGUGUUCACCCGCGACAUCAACAAGGCCAUGUACGUGAGCGAGCGGCUCGACGCCGGAACGGUGUUCGUCAACACCUACAAUAAGACCGACGUGGCGUCACCUUUUGGGGGCUUCAAACAGUCCGGCUUCGGCAAAGACCUCGGAGAGGAUGCUCUCAUGGAAUACCUCAAGACCAAAGCCGUGACUGUGGAGUACUGAGGCACAGACCCUGCCAACGAACUCUGACCCACAUCUGAACAGGAAGGGACUCGUCUGUCGGCUCGUCAGACAUCCAGCUUCUGGACCGUGUGUGUGUGUGUGUGUGUGUGUGUGUGUGUGUGUGUG